ACCAAGAGUUGAGGUGUUUUAAUUCAGCCAUAUUUUUCUUCUUCCUCAGUUGUUACGUACGUAUCAUCGUUUUCCGCAAUUCCACUUAGUUGACUUCACCAGUUUCCAUUACCCAAAUGUACACCAAUUCAAUUCAUCACGUUUCUCAAAUUCCGAGUACUCGUUUGAUCACACUAUAAUCUUCCAGAUCUGUAUAUGAACACUUCAAAAAUGGGCCUAAUAUUGCGAAAACCAUUUUAUUGGGUAAAAAAGCUAAGUGAAGAGCUACACUGGAGUUUCGUAUCGGCUGUGGUGCUUGUGUACGGAAUUAAUCAGGGAAUGAGUUUAAGUCUGAUUAGAAUUAGUACGCAGUAUUAUAUGAAAGAUGAGCAGAAGUUACAGCCAUCUGAGGCUCAAGUUUAUUCUGGAAUUAUUCAAUUGCCUUGGGUUGUUAAGCCUCUUUGGGGAUUCUUAACUGAUACUCUUCCUAUUUUCGGUUAUAGGAGACGGCCCUACUUUGCUCUUGGUGUAAAACAGCCUUGCAGCAGUCAAUUGUGCAGGGGGAAUGAGGAACUCCUAUUUAUGUGAAGUCUCCAAAGCAUGAAGGCAUUGAUCUACUUAUUUCGAUUAUGUAAAGGUUUCAUUGGUGUUGUCGCUAUGCUUAGUCUGUCAAUCAACCAGAACUUACAUCUUGCAUCUGCUUUGUUGUGCCUAAUGGGUGGCAGUGCGGGAGCUGCAAUAGCAGAUGUGACUAUUGAUGCUUGUGUGACUGAGAACAGCAUAAACCAUCCUUCUCUUGCCAGUGACAUGCAAAGCUUGUGUGGUCUGAGCUCUUCAGUGGGGCAACUGAUUGGGUAUGCAAUCAGUGGGUUUUUGGUACAGCUCAUUGGAUCCAAGGGGGUAUUUGGACUUUUAAGCAUCCCGUCUUCAUUGGUCAUUUUGGUAGGAAUGAUAACGCGGGAAGCCCAUGGACACAACGUUGCAUAUAAGCGUGUAAGUCAAAAGUUCGUGGAUGCUGGUAAGGCUAUGUGGAUGGCACUGAAAUGUGAGAAUGUUUGGAGGCCAUGUAUAUACAUGUUCCUUUCUCUAGCAGUAAGUUUGCAUAUUCAUGAGGGAAUGUUUUACUGGUAUACAGAAGCAAAGGAUGGCCCAUCUUUCUCAAAGGAGAUGGUAGGGUCCAUAUCUUCUGUUGGUGCUGUAGGCUCUCUUCUAGGUGUUCUCCUCUACCAGAAUGCCUUUAAAAAUCAUCCUUUUCGUGGUUUACUUUUCUGGACUCAGUUACUGUAUGGUGCUUCGGGGCUGUUGGAUUUAAUAUUGCUCUCACGUGUAAACUUAAAGUUUGGCAUCCCUGAUUAUGUUGUUGUUGUAGGCGAUGCAGCAUUCAGUCAGAUGAUUGGGCGUCUCAAAUGGAUGCCUCUUCUUGUACUCAGUUCAAAGCUUUGCCCCUCGGGCAUUGAAGGAACUUUUUUUGCUUUGCUAAUGUCAAUUGAUCAUAUUGGUAUUCUCACAGCUUCGUGGGGUGGAGGUCUCUUACUUCAUGCCUUCAAUGUUACAAGGACACAAUUUGACAACCUUUGGAUAGUGGUAGCGAUCCGGAGCAUUUUAAGAAUGCUGCCAGUUUGCAUUCUGUUUUUGAUACCCAGCAGUGAUCCAAAUGCUGCUAUUCUCCCAUCCGAGAUGUUGAAGAGUAAAAAGGGCGACGAGACGUUGGAAAAUCAGAACAUGGAAAUGGCUCCUCUUGUGAGCAGUUUGGACCAGCAGUUAGUUGAUACAUGAGCACAAAUAGCAAAACUGGGGAAAUGUACCCCAAUGUGAAACAGCACAUGUGCUGCUGAAUUUUUAUGCGGGCAGCAUGACUGAAAUUAUGCAAGUUGAGUUGACUGAGCCGAGUUAUUCAUCUGUUGAGGCUUAGAUUGCACAGUUCAGAAAAGGAUGACCAUGUUGUACCACUAUUUGUAAUUUCUUGAAAUCUUGCUGCUAGUACAGUUGGCUUUGGUCACUGACUCACUGUUAUAGCUUAUAGGGAGGAGCAGAAGAAAUCUUUUUGUGAAGGGGUUGAUCUCUACAUCAUUAGAAGUUUAUAUGAAAUAGCACACUUAAAACAGUCUUGAUAAUAAACAACUUGCAUUCAUAACAUUA